AUGGCGCUCCUCCUUGCAGGUCGAUGGCGACGAGGAGCGCUAGCGUCCGUCGCCGCCGUCGUCGAGCAGGACAAGGCCGCCGUGCACACGUUCCUCACGCUCCUACUCGACCUCGCUAAAACAACCAACUUUGGCUCGAGCGUGGCGGAGAGGAUGCGGGCGAGAGGGAGAGGCAGCGCGGACGAGAAGGCGAGGCGGCAACGCCUGAGGAGAAGGGCGGCGACGUGGCUGAGUCACCGACGCAGAACUGGAUCGGGCCGAACCCCGACGCCGUGCGCCGACGCCGGCGCCCGUCCCCGCCCGCGCCGCCGCCUGGACAUCGCCGGCCCCCGCCCUCAUCCUCGCGCUCCCGUCCCCUCUCCCUCUCCGCUCGUUCUGGAUCAGGGGCAUGCACUCGCCGCGCCCGAUGUGCACGUCGCCGCCCUCGUCGGCUCCGUCGUCGCCCUCGCCGGCUCCGUCGCCCGCCACCUCGCGCUGCCAUCGCCAUCUCCCUCGACGGAUCUGCUCGCGUCCGAGGACACCGCCCCCAUCGCCGAUCCCGCCGUCCGUCGCCCCCGGACUGCCACCGCGCUCCCCCGUCCUCCUCUGGACGCCGUCGCCCCCGAGCCCGCUGCCAUGCCCCUCCCGCUCCCCUGUGAGCGCCCCCCUCUCCUCCCCUCUCCCCCCACCGCGCCGUGCCCGCGCCCGUCGGCGCUCUCGCGCGCCCCUGUGGUCGAGCCCCUCGCUCGCGCUCGUCCCCACCCGUCGCUGGCCGCGCCCAGUGCCCCGCCGUGCUCGCCGUGUCCGGCUUCUCCCCGUGCUCGCGAAGCUGCUACGCCGUCUUCGGCCGCCGCAGCUGCCUCCCCGUGCCCCCCGCUUCGCCAUUCACCGCCUCCGCCCGCAACUCCCAGCGCCGCCCUGGCCCCCUGCUCCCUGGUCGCCGGCGCCCCGCAGCGCCCAAAUCGGGUGCGCCCCGCGGGCCAGUGCCCGUUCGGGCUGUGCCCAAUAGCCCAGCACCCGAUUGGCCCCCUGGCCCAAUGA